AUGCAUACAGCCACUGUAUUAAAAAACUCAAAAGUUUUAAUUACUGGUGGAUCUAUUAUUGUCUCCUUACGUAGUUCAGAAUUAUACGAUCCAUCAACGGAGUUGUGGACGAACACUGGCAGCCUGAAUCAUGAGCGACAUAAGCAUACUGCAACUCUAUUAGCAAAUGGAAAAGUGUUAGUUGCUGGCGGAUACGAUUCUAAUUCUAUAUUAAAAAGUGCAGAAUUAUAUGAUCCGCCGACAGGGUUGCGGACAAAAACUGGUAGCAUGCAUAGUCCACGAUAUGAUCAUACAGCAAAUUUAUUAGAAAAUGGAAAAGUAUUAGUUUUCGGUGGAAAUGUAUUUGGGAGUUCUCGAAGUACUGUAGAAUUUUACGAUCCAUUAACAUAA